AUGAAGAUAACCUUGCUCACCGUAUUUUCGUUGGCCACCAUCUGCUCAUCAGCUCUUGCUGGCAGCACUAGCAGCACUAGCAGCUACAAGCUUCGGCCAGACCCUGAAGGUCAAUUCCCUCGCUUGGGUGCUUGUCCUGAUGCUCAUGCUUGUAUCUUCCCUCCUGAUGUUUCGCAAUUUAUCCCUGGAGCUUACUUUGAUCUGAGAGUUGAGCUUCAUGCUUAUGACGAGGAUACUUCCAAGCCUACCCCUGCUCCUUAUACUCAGUUUAAGACAACUGUUCGCAAGAACAAUGGCCCAUGGUCCGAUGUCAACCGUUACUUUGAUCUCCCAAAUCCCAAGCUGGAGGAGUGGAACUUUAGCUGGGUUAACUCCAUCGAUGCUCACCUUGGUACCAUAAAGGAUGGAAAGCCCGUCUCCCCUGUCAAUGUUGCAGUAUCAUCGCGUGCCUGGCGUAAGCUCAAAUUUAAGGAGGCUGGUUCUUAUGAAAUCAAGGUUGAGUAUGGACCCAAGCAAUCUUAUACCGUAAAGUACACCGUUCCCAAAAAACCCAAGCAAAAAGCAAAGAACGUUAUUUUGUUCAUUUCCGAUGGUACAAACACUGGUAUGAUCACCGCUGCUCGUGCAGUUGCAAAGGCACAUACCUCUGGAAAAUACCACGAAUUCCUUUCUUUUGAAAGCUUUGAUAACCUUGGACACGUUAUCACGAACUCGGUUGAUAGUCUUACCACUGAUUCUGCUAACUCUGCCUCGGCUUAUUCUACUGGUCACAAAUCAAGUGUCAACGCUCUUUCUGUUUAUUGUGAUUCCUCAGAAGAUCCUUUUGAUGAUCCCAAGGUCGAGUCUAUUACAGAGUUGAUCCGUCGUCGUCAACCUAAUAAGGCCAUUGGUAUUGUCACCACUGCUUAUGGACAGGACGCUACUCCUGCCGCAUUUGUAUCUCACACCCGUAAAAGAUCAACCUAUCAAGAGAUUUCCGAUCAGAUUAUUAACGGUGUUCCUGAUUGGACUGAUCCUGUUAUCCCUGAUGUUUGGUUGACUGGUGGUGCCGAAUACUUCAAGGGUCCCCUCAGUUUGAACGGAACAGAUUACUACAAGGAGUUUUCCAAGAAGGGUUACAAGGUUGUUCAGAACAAAAAAGAUCUUAACAAUUACAAUGGCAAGGACAAACUUAUGGGUGUCUUCCGCCAAGGAAGUCUUGAUGUUUGGUUUGAGCGUAACUUGUAUGUCAAUAACACUGUGGGUAAUAAAGCUGCCCCUGAUAUGAGCGGCAAGGAUGCCCUAGGCUCUGACCAGCCUGGUCUCGAAGACAUGACUAUCAAGGCAUUGGAAACUCUUAAGAAACGCGGUGGCGAUGAUGGGUUCUUCUUGAUGUCUGAAGCUGCAUCCGUCGACAAAAAGUUGCAUGUAUUUGAUUUUCCUCGUGCAUUUGCCGAAUUGGUUGAGCUUGAUGUUACUAUCAAGAAGACUGUCGAAUGGCUCAAGAAAAAUGGCGAAUACGAGGAUACUUUGAUCCUUGUAACAGCCGAUCACGCUCAUUCUUUUGACGUCUGGGGAUCUGUUGAUCGCAACUACCUCUCUGGUCAUGUUGAUAACACCGCCAAGCUUAACUCUAUUGGUGUCUAUGGGCAGUCAGGAUGGCCCGGUUAUUUCGAUACCAAUGGAGAUGGUUUCCCAGAUAAUUGGACUCCAAACAUUGUCUUGGCUGCUGGUACUUCCAACGGUCCUGACCAUUACGAAGCCUGGAACACUUCCAAGGAUGAAAUUCGCAACCCUUCUAUCACUGGUCCCGACAAGCUUACAUAUAUUCCUAACCCUGAGGACGCCGCUGGUGAUUACCAGAAGGGACUCAAGUGGAAUAGUAAUCUCCCUACUGAAGAAAACCAGGGUGUUCAUUCGAUGAGCGAUGUCUUCAUCUAUUCUAACGGCCCUGGAUCAGAUCUCUUCAAAAAGACCUUUGAGAACUGGGAUCUCUUCUUCAAGAUGGCUGAGGCAAUGGAUUUGCUUAGACCUACCAAGAAAGAAAACUAGGCUUUUUUUCUUUCUUUCUGCCAACAAACAUCCUAUAGCGUUUGGAUUGUUCGAGUACAGCCACUAUAUAUCUCCAAUUCAACCUUAUAAUCAAUUUUCUAUCUAUCUAUCUAUCUAUCAAUUGAUAUAGGCAUCUAUUUAUCUGAUAAAAUUACCCUUUUUUUUUAAAUAAUAAUAAUAAUAAUAAUAAUAAACAAAACCUUUCCUUCUU